CGUAGAUUGCAAGUCAACACUCAACAAAAACCCCAAUCUUGCUUGCGAGGUUAGGGUUUCCCUCAGAUCUCUCUUAGAAUAGCUGAUCUUAUAAAUUCGGACCAACAAGAUCUUGUUUGGAGCAAUAAAAAUGGCUACUGAACAGAAAUCAGCGACCGAGGACGUGAAGAUGGACCUCUUCGAGGAUGACGAUGAAUUUGAAGAGUUUGAGAUCAAUGAAGUGUGGGAGGACAAGGAGGAAGGAAAAGAGGUGACACAGCAGUGGGAAGAUGAUUGGGAUGAUGAUGAUGUUAAUGAUGACUUCUCGCUGCAGCUGAGGAGGGAAUUGGAGAAGAACGCUGAGAAAAACUAAGUAACUAAUUUGUGUUGUCUCUCAGUAUUAGCAUAUGUAAUGGAGUAUCAAUUAGUAGUUUGAGCACAAGAUGUUCUUUCCAUGUGCUUAGCAUGGAGAAGAUUGUGUGAACUAUUAAGAUCAUUUAGUUCAGUUCAAAAUUUAAGCUCUGGAACUUGAGACUUUUA